AUGGCAGGUCAAAUGAGACGUAUUAUGAUUGAGGUUAAAAAACUUAGAGAGAUGCCACAAUCAUUUAUUCUUGAAAAAGCACCAGAUGAUGAAGCACGUGCAUCGGACACACCAAUUGUUUUAAUAGGUCGUAUAUUACCAAAAAGUCCUCCCUAUUCACAAGGCUCAUUUCAACUUGAAAUUAAAAUUCCCACAGAUUUUCCAUUUAAACCACCUGAAGUUAAAUUUUUAACUCCGAUCUACCACCCAAAUGUUGAUAAAGAUGGUAAAAUAUGUGUUGAUCUAUUAAAUGCAUCAGAAUCUUGGAAACCAACAACUCCAAUUGUUGAUAUUGUAAAUAUUUUUAAUUAA